AUGUCGCAAGAUACGGGUUUGUUCAGCAUCAAACGGCCUCGCGAGACGCUGGCCAGUGUACAGAAUUUCUCCGCCUUACCUCAACCAUCAUCUGCGCUGAAGCGCACAAGCAUGAUUGGCAGUCAUCAGAAUCCUCCAUAUACUUCUCAGCAUUCGCGUUCGACUUCGCUUUUCAAUUCGCAUGGCCGACCUCAACAACCAAAUUUCCAGCGUUCAUCUUCUGGUGCCAGCUUUGGCCCUGAGGCUGGUCUCUCAACUGUUAGACGAUCUGUUUCCAACAACCUAUUUCAGAACACGGCUGUUGGACGACUCAGCUAUGCGCCCAAUUCUUUUCCUACAAAUAGCGCUUCACAGCAAAAUCUGCAACGAAGGAGCAGCGUCUUUUCUCGUCCAUCUAUGGCCGGAGGGCCCAUGGCACACCAAUCAUUCUUCACUCAGGGACCUGUUCCCGCAGGAGCUCCAAAAGAUCCGCGGCCGCUCAGAGAUCGAUCAUUUCAAGCACGAAUUAGCCAAGAACUACUAGAGUAUUUGACACACAACAAUUUUGAGUUGGAAAUGAAACACUCCUUGGGUCAGAAUUCGCUAAAAUCUCCAACACAAAAGGAUUUCACCAACAUCUUCCAAUGGCUCUACCGCCGAAUUGAUCCGAGUUACAAGUUCCAAAAGAGCAUCGAGGCUGAGGUGCCUCCUAUUUUGAAACAACUACGAUAUCCGUACGAAAAAAAUAUAACCAAAUCUCAAAUUGCUGCAGUUGGAGGCCAGAAUUGGUCAACUUUCUUAGGAAUGCUUCAUUGGAUGAUGCAACUUGCGCAAAUGUUGGAUCACUAUUCUGUUGGCGAGUAUGAUGAUGCAUGUGCUGCAGCUGGUGUUGAUAUUUCAGGAGACCGAGUCAUCUUCCGAUUUCUUACCGGGGCCUACCAUGAUUGGUUACAGGGAGGCGAAGAUGAAGAUGACGACGUCGCUGAGAAACGAUUGGUUCCGCAUGUCGAAGCGAUGGCAGCUGAAUUUGAGCAAUCGAAUGAAAAAUAUGUUCGGGAAUUGGAGGUGUUGGAGGCAGAAAAUCGUGCGCUUCGAGACCAGUUGGAGGAUUUGGAGAAGAACGCCCCGGAUAUGGUGAAGUUGGAUAAAGAUUUCCGGAUUCUCGAAGACGACAAACGCAAAUUUGAGGAUUACAACUCGAAUGUCCAAGGCAAAAUCGACAAGUACAAAAGUCGCAUCCAGUUUCUUGAAGAAGAGGUCAAGAAAACCGAAGAGGAGCUUCAAAUAGCCGAAGAAGAGCGCGCAAAUCUGCAGGCCAGCGUUGAUAGUCAGGGGAUUACGAUUCAAGAUAUCGAUCGCAUGAACACUGAGCGCGAGCGCUUACAGCGAAGCCUUGAAGAUACUGCGGGCCGACUAGAAGAAGCACACGCACGUGUGAUGGAGAAAGAAACUGAUGCCAAUCAAAAGCUUGAAGACUUGGAGCAAGUAGUGAAAACUUACAACACGCUAGGUUACCAGAAUAGUCUGAUCCCAGAGUCUGCUGUUAAUGCCAACGGCGAAGACUACGAAAUUAGGCUGAACGUUAACGAAGCAAGCUUCUCUUCUUCGCAGAUGGGUGGCUCGCAAAAUCAAGGUUCUCCCGAAGGCUAUCGUCUUCUUGCGGAUGCAAAUAAUGGCUAUCAGCCAGUCCAUCUAGUGAAGCUUGAUCUUCGAGGAGUUGUUCGAGCCAAUCUGAUCUCUCUUCGCAAGGAAAUCAACGAGCGGAGGAAGAAGGCUGCGGAGAAAGAUAUGGCGGACCGUGACCUGCUCAACGAUAUCAAGGAGGCCAUGGACGAGAAACGAAGUGAGAUCGAGGCACUUGAGCACCGAAGACGUGCUGCGGAAGAGGAAUUCGAACGCACCAAAGAGAUUACAACCACGCAGAAGGUCCAGUCAGAUGCUCAAAUUGAGAAGAUGGAAAAGGAGCUAGCAAAGAUGCGUGCGUCACUUAUUGAAAGCGUUCAGCUCAUGGAGCAGCGAGAGAUGAACACCGAUGUAGAAUACGAACAACUAACACUCCGCGCAAAUCAACUUAGGGAGGAGCUUCAUACCGGUGUUGAAAGCAUGUUGAAUGAUAUAAUUCGAUUCAAAGUUCACGUACAGAAAGGGUUGGAGGAUUAUGAGAGCUUUGUGGUGGAAGAAGUCGAACAAGAGUUGGGUGGCGAGCUACAGUCCAUGGAGGACACAGAAAUGCCUGAAGCACAUGAGACGUGA